AAUGAGUACUUUUGGUUAAAAGUAUAGAGUUACAACUUUUGGAGAAUCUCAUUCUAAAGGAGUUGGUUGUGUUAUUGAUGGAUUUCCAUCUAAUUUUAAAAUUGAUUAAGAUUCAUUACAAUAUCAAUUAAAUAGAAGAAGACCUGGAUAAACUAAAUUAACAACUUAAAGAGAUGAAAAGGAUAAAGCAAUUAUAAUUAGUGGACUCAAUACUUAAAAUUUAACUUUAGGUAGUCCCAUAAUGAUUAUGGUCUAUAAUGAAGACAUGAGACCAUAAGAUUAUAAAUAAUUUGAUUAAAUACCUCGUCCUGGUCAUGCUGAUUUUACAUAUUAAAUGAAAUAUGAAAUCAGAGCAGAAAGUGGAGGAGGUAGAUCCUCUGCAAGAGAAACUAUUGGAAGAGUUUGUGCAGGUGCUAUAGCCUAAUAAUUUCUAUGUUAAAUGAAUAUAUCAAUUUCUGCUUGGGUUUCUUCUGUUGGGAAUAUUGAAAUUCCUAAAGAAGUCUAACAAUAAUUAAUAUUAAAUCCACCUACUCAAGAAUAAAUUGAAGAAGUUAAUACAUAAUAUUAAUUCAGAAAUCCACAUUAGGAAUCUGCAUUAGAAAUGGUAAAAUUAAUAGAGUAAGUAAAACAUGAUAAGGAUUCUAUUGGAGGAACUGUAACUUGUGUUAUUAAAGGGUGUCCUGUUGGAUUAGGUGAACCAUGUUUUGAUAAAUUUUAAGCUGUCUUGGCUCAUGCUAUAAUGAGUAUUCCAGCAACAAAAGGUUUUGAAUUUGGUUCAGGUUUUGAAGGAACAAAAUUAAGAGGAAGUGUUCAUAAUGACAGAUUCAAAAAUUUAAAACCUAUCACUAAUAAUGCAGGAGGUACUUUGGGUGGUAUAACAAAUGGAGAAAAUAUUUAUUUUAAAGUAGCAUUCAAACCAGUUUCUACAAUAGGUCUUGAAUAAGAGACAUCUAAUUUUAAAGGAGAAGAUAUUAUUUUAGAGGCUCAUGGCCGUCAUGAUCCUUGUGUAGUUAGUAGAGCUGUGCCAGUAAUUGAAAGCAUGGCAGCAAUUGUUGUUCUUGAUUUGUAUCUAUUAAGUAAAUAAAAAUGAGUAUUUUUUAUAAUAAUAAAAAUGAAAGUAAUGGAAUAACUGGAAGCUGCCAUUAAAUCAAAUGAUACAGUGACUAAAUUACUUCCAGCUCUUAAGAUAAUAACUAACUCAUUGCCAUUUCCUGAUCGUCAUACAUACAUAAAAGAUCCUAGGUUAGUUAAGCUACUGUUAAUUGUUUAUCCAUUGUUACCUGAAACUAUUGAUAUGAUUUUGGGACAGUUACUUAAUGUGUUCAAAGACUAAGUAGAAUGGAUUAAGGGAUGUUGUAAAGCCAUAGAAGAGUAUGCAGUGUUUAAAUCAAAUACGAUUAGUUCAUCUAAGUUUUAUUCUCUUGAAUAUUUUUAAUAAGUUCUUCAUUGUGCAGCAGAAGCAUGGUAACCAUAAAGAAAUAUUAUGAUAGUUUAGAAUUAGAUGAUAUUUGUUAUGGUUUUAUUAUAUUUUUGAAACAUGCAGAGUCAGAGAAGAUGGUAUUACACAUCAUGAAUAAAAUCGAAGCAGUAAAGGAAGAGUAUGGAUAUGGUAUUAGAUCUCUUAGUUAGUUUUGUGAAUUGGUUGAAUCAAGUAACUAAUAUUAUAUAUUUAGCCGUUCUAUAGCUGUAUCAGGAAGAAAGCAAUAAAAAUACUGAAGAUUAACAUUUCAGAUCUGUUGCUAUUGGAUUAUAAGAGAGUUAGAAUAGAAGAGUUCUACAUCAUUAAAAUACUCUUUCAUCACCUUCAAUGAGAUCUCCUGCUGUAUCUAGAUAAAGAUCUGAAUCAUUUGGAUCUCUUAAUGAUGAAAUAAUAGAUAAUCUCAAUAUUGAAGAAAUUCUUAUUUAAGAAAAACCUCGAAUCCUUGAUUCUGAUUAAGCAGAAUAUUUUAAAUCAAAUGAAAGACUCUAAAAUUUAAUAUACUUUAUAACAGAUCCAUAUUUCUCAUAACCUAGUCUUAUAUUUGAUACUGAUUUACUUGCAGAACAUUCAAUAGAAUUUGAUGAAAACGAUUACAAAAAAUUUAAGAAUAUAAAAAUAGAUAAAUUAUUUACAAUUAGGUCAUUUAAAACAUUACUCUUUCUAACAGAUAUACACAAUCACAAAUUGUUAACAGAAGCUAAUAAUCAUCUCACCUAAAUUAUUUGUAUAUUUUAAUUAAUAAAUAAUCUAGUUCGAUCAAUCUCAGGGUUUUUAUAGAACAAUUAAUCAAUUGGUAACAUCACUCAUAUUGUGGCACUUAUUUAAUUUUAUCUAAAGAAUGACACUAAAGAUACGAUAUAUUACUUUCUGUAUUGCAAUCUUCACUUUUAAUUCUUAGAUUAUAUAUGUAUUCAUUAUAAAAAUCUAAUUAGAUAAUUCAUAUGUAGUUGACAUUUUAAUCAGAUUUAUAGACCCAACUUAUAUUAGAAUCCCUGCAUAAUUAAAAGAUGAAAUCUGGUAUUUUUUGAAUAGCCAAGGUUUCAUUUCAUAUAUAAUUGGACGUAUUAUUAAUAAAGACUAUUUGGGUGUAAAUAGAAAAGAAUUUCAUAUUUCAAAAGAAGGAUAUAAUAUUCUAAAACGUAUUUAUGACUAAAAAGUAAUUAAUGGUAAAAAAAUUAUUUAAUUAUAUUUUCAGAUGAAAAUACUUCAGAAUAACAUACUUAUAAUUUGAGUUCUAAUUUAGAUUAAUUUCUAGGUCCAUUAAUGCCUGGUAAGACUAUUUAAUAAAAUUUAAUUAAAAAAAAAAGAGUUUUACAUGCAGCUUAAACUUAAAUUUAUUCUAGGAGACAUUCAGGAACAACCAUGACUGGAAAAUUCAAUAAAAUAAUACUUGUAGAAAAUAUACAUUUAUCAGAAUUAAAUGGAAAUUAAUAGGAUAUAGAUAGACUUAAAGAUGUUAUAUAGUAUUAUCAUAAUAAUCAACUUGAUAAUGAAGAUGCAAUUACUCCAAAUUAAGGGACAACUUAAUUAGGUAGUGAAAAGAAUAUACCUAAAUAAACACAUAGAAGUGUAUAAAGUGAUUAAUUCUUCAAAUCAGAUUUCUUAAUUAAUUAAAUAGAUUAUAAACCUGUAGAUAUAAAAUCAUUUUUAGGUGAAAAUAAAUCUGUUGAUACUAAAUUACCUUCUCUUAAAUCAAGUACAAAAAUUAGUGGAGGUAGUGUACAUACAAGUAGAAUUGUAAGAUAAUCUUCAAAAUAAGGAUAGGAAUUUAUAUUUAAGAAAAAAAAGUCUUUAAAAAUAGAAAAUAUUGAAGAAAUUUCUAAUAAUUUUAAAAAACUUAACAAUCCUAUUUCAUCUCCUACUUCUGCUUCAAGAUGUCAUAAAUUUUAUCCAAAUAGUGAUAUUAGUGUUGUUGAUCAUAUUAUGAGAGAAGAAUAUUAAGAAUAUAUUCAAUAUAAUAAUGAAUUUGCUUCUUAUUAAAAUUCUCAAUUAUUAAAUUUUAUUGUUAAUACAUUUCAAAGUUAAAAAUAUAAAUUUUAGGCUUAAAAUGAUUGUUUUACACAAAUAAUUGAUGAAAAAUUAUUAAAUUUUGAAAAAUUAAUUAAACAUUAUACUUUAAAAAUAUUAGAACCUGAAAAUGGUAGUGCUUAUGAAUUAGGAUUUUUAAUAAUCAAUAUACUUAAGAAAUUAUCCAAUUGUAAUAGUCUUUAGGAAUAAUGCAAUAAAAUUUAUAGAAAUCAAAUUCCUAGAUUAUGCAGGAAUAUUUCAUUAUUAAAUAAGUAAUAAUAGUUUCCUUAAUAAUUAAAUUUAUAAUAAUUUUCUGUAAAUGUCAUUGGAACUUAAAAAAUAGUUAUGUAUGAGAUUUUGUAACUUAUGAUUUGCAAUGUUAAAAUAAAAUAUUCUAAUAUCUUUAUAAAAUUGAAUGAUACUGCUAUGCACAUAUUAACAAUAUAAUUUCAUACUAGUUUUCAUAAUGGAGUUUAUUAAAGAAUUUUCAUGACUUUAGUUAGACAUUUAUUUGUUUAUGCUUCAGAGAAAUAAUUAUUAAGUUUAGUUUUCAAAGUAAAUCUUAUUGAAUCUAUUCAUGCUGCUUAUAAAAAUACUGUGAUUAAUAGGGUUGUAAUUAAAGAGUGGAAUACAGAAUAAUAUAUACUUUAUUUAUAAUAAUUAAGUUCAUUAAUAAUUAAUGCUUUUGAUUUGAGAGAAGACUUAAAAUAAUUGAGAUAAUCUUUAAUUAGAUUAUAAUCUUAUUAAAAAUUAAAGGAAUUAUCUUCCAUAUCCUAAUUUAAAUUUGACGUCAAUUAAUACACUAAAGAACUCAUUAUUGCAGAAUAAUAAUUAGUUAAAAUUAAAUUAUGA